AUGCUAUACUCCCGACGAAACGAACCGUGUUCGUCUGCGUUCAGAGGUCCUAACGGAGAUGUCGCUCACGCGUUCUUUCCCACCGGAGACCCCAAUUUCGUCUUGGAGGUGCACGUAGACAAAGCGGAGACGUGGCACAUACAGCUGACUAAGAAUCCCCCGGGGACAUACAAUUUACUUCAGACGUUGACGCACGAGAUCGGUCACGCUUUAGGCUUGCCGCACACCUUCCGCGAAGAUUCGGUGAUGUUCGCUUUCGUGCCUGAGAAGACAUUCCCCGUUCAACUUACUCUAGAGGACGUUCUUUCCAUUCAACACCUGUACGGCGCUAAAGAAAACGCUAAAGUUCCAAAAGUAAUAACGACGACGACACCGACGACUACCACACCGACGACGACAAUAGCAACGACGACUACGAAAGACGUCGAGAUGAAUCUGUGCACCUUGCGAAACGUGGAUACCGUAUUGAUAACGAACGGUCGAUUGUACAUCUCGCACGAACGAUACAUGUGGUCAAUCAAUAUAGACGGGGAAACGUACAAGAAACCCUUGCUAUUGACGGACUACAUGAAAUUUUUUCCUAAGAAUUUCACACGUCUGACGGCCGCGUAUCAGACGCCCUCGGGCAAUAUCAUGCUGUUCGCGGGCAAUAUGAGUUACACGAUCACUUAUCCGCGUCUAACGCUAGUUUCAACUUGGCCGAGAUCUUACACAGAUCUCGGAAUUCCCGAUACCGCCAGGAAAGCCAACGCCGUGCUGAACACGAACGAAGGACGAACCUUCGUUAUAUACAACGAUAAUGUUGUGGGCGAGAUAGACGAUUGUUCGAUGAAUAUCGUUAAGUACUACCACAUCGACAUGAUAUUUCCGGGAAUACCUCACAGCGUAUCGUCGGCCUUUCGAUACAUCGACGGUAAUCUGUAUUUUAUCAGUAAAAACCGAUUCUACAGAUUCAACGAAUUUACGAAAACCGUAACCGCAUCCGGCAAAUUUGAUCUUGGGAUCUUCGGUAUUACCUGCCCGAGACGGACUGAUGAUGCAACUGCGAGAUCUAUUGAGUCGAUUCGUUCGAAUUGA